AUGGCCCGUCUACAUCUCCUGUCUCUUCUCGUUCUAGCCAUCCAUACCAUCUGGGCGCACUCUGCCGCCAUCCAGCAGCAGCACAGCAGCACAUCCCGCCAACAAUGCCAGGCCUCUAGCGCCCAUUGCCCCUACGGGACAAUCGUUGUCUCGGCAUCAGACAAAUACGCCGACUUCACAACCAUUCAAGCAGCAAUCAACUCCCUCCCCAACGACACAUCCACCCAAACAAUCCUCAUCCUCGCCGGCUCCUACAAGGAACAACUCAACAUUACUCGCUCUGGUCCGAUCACCCUCCUCGGCGAGACCACUUCCCCGUCCGAUGCAGCGGCCAACCGCGUCACCAUCACCUGGGAUGCAGCGAACGAGGACAGCACGGGCGAGAGCGUCGACAAUGUCUACUCAAGCGUGAUGAUCGUUGCGCCUACCCUGGAUGCGAGUCUUACUGGCUCCGGCACCACGGGAUAUCCCGUGCCAGAUGAUACGCCGUUUGGGAACCGUGACUUCCGCGCUUAUAAUAUCGACUUCACGAACACGUAUGCCGAGUAUUCGGCUGGCCCGGCGCAUGCGCUGAGCUUUAGUCGUGCUAAUGGCGGGUUUUAUUAUUGCGGGUUCUACUCGUAUCAGGAUACUAUCUACGUGGGCAAACUGGGAAAUGCAUACUUCUACAAGAGCAUUCUGGCCGGCCAAACGGACUUCUUAUACGGCUUCGGCACAGCCUGGAUCCAAUCCUCCGAAGUCCUCCUCCGCGGGUGCGGCGGCGGAAUCACAGCGUGGAAAGGCACCAACACCACCUUCGAGAACAAGUACGGGAUUUAUAUCGUCGACUCGAACGUGCACGCGGCAAACGCCUCCGUCGCCGCGGAGAUUAAGGGCACCUGCGCUCUCGGCCGGCCGUGGAACAGCCAGCAGCGGUCCAUCUUUGCGCGUACCUAUGAAGAUGCUAGUAUUGAGCCGAGCGGAUAUAUUGAUUGGAUUGUUGAUGGUGUUGGCCGCUAUGAGCCCGGGAUUACUUUCAUGGCGGAGUAUGAUGUCUUCGGACCUGGAUUUAAUAGGACCGGUCGUGUUGAUGGUGGUGUUGAUACGCUGCUCGAUAGUCGGGGUUAUGAGCCGUACAGCACGCCGGCAUCGGUGUUCCAGGAUCCAGAGGGCCGGUUUGGGGAUGUGCAGUGGAUUGAUUGGGAGACUGCGCAGGGGAAAGGACAUUGA